CCCACCACGACGAGAGAGGGCGAUGGCAGUGCACCUCAGUCCGGCAAAAGCAGAUGGAGAGAGGAAGGCAGAAUGCUCCGCACGCCCACACAAAGAUAGAAGCAAAGAGAGAGGAGAGGCCAGCAUGCAGCAAUUGCAGUUCGCCGUCAAUGGAGGAAACUCAUCUGAUGUUUCUCACCACACAAGUCGCCACAUCGGCACCGCCGGCACGAAGCCGCUCCACAUCCGGGAUCGUUUUGAGGUUAGGGAUGAAAUGCCCUCAAUCUCCUCCUGUUCUCAUACACCUCCAAGACUGGAUUGGACUGAUGUCUUUCCUCCGCUUCAUCAUGAGUUACGGUCCUGAUUCUUGAAAUUCUCAGGUAUCUGCAAGUGGAAAUGGGUGAUCGAUGGAGAUAUAAACUUGUAUUGACUCUUGAGAACCGGGUGAUCGAUGGAGAUAUAAACUUGUAUUGACCCUUGAGAACUGGGUGAUCGAGGCUCCCCUUCAUUGCUGAGGAGGCAAAGGAGGAGACCAAUGGAAAUGUUAGUUGUUGUUCUUGGAUAUUUGGCUCUUACUGCCAUGGUUCUUGGGCAGGAUCAAUCAGGCUUCAUAAGCAUCGAUUGCGGGAUAAAUCCGGGUUCCAGCUAUUUUGAUGCCUUAACCGAAAUAUACUAUGCAUCAGACUCAGAAUUCAUACACACUGGAAUAAAUUAUGAUGUUUCUGAGGAACACAGACCUAGGUUUGAAACUCGAGAUCAGCAGCUCAUGAAUGUGAGGAGCUUCCCUGAAGGAGCCAAGAAUUGUUACACUCUUCGACCGCAACAAGGCAAAGAUCAUAAGUACUUGAUCAGAGCUUCCUUCAUGUAUGGGAACUAUGACUCCAAAAAUCAGCUUCCAGUGUUCAAACUAUACGUGGGUGUUAAUGAAUGGGACACUGUGAAAUUCAGCAAUUCAUAUGAUGUUGUUCGGAAAGAAAUUAUACAUGUCCCGAGAACAGAUCACAUAUAUGUCUGUCUAGUGAACACUGGUUUUGGGUCACCUUUCAUAUCAGCAUUAGAGUUGAGACAACUGAAUAAUUCCAUUUAUACAACUCAAUCUGGAUCAUUGAUACUCUUUAGGAGGCUUGAUAUUGGUUCAAAAACAAGUCAGACAGUCAGAUACAAAGAUGACGCUUUUGAUCGUAUUUGGGAACCAUUCAGCCGGCCUUAUUGGAAAUCAGUCAGUGCAUCCUAUAGUAGUGAUAGUUUAAGUGAUAACCACUUUAAACCUCCAUCCAAGGUCAUGGCAACUGCUGUAACCCCUGCUGAUGAGAGAUAUCCCUUGGAAUUCCACUGGAAUCUGGACAAUUCUACUCGACAGUUCUAUGUAUACAUGCACUUUGCUGAGGUUGAGGAGCUCCAAUCCAACCAGUUGAGAGAAUUUUAUGUAUCGCUUAAUGGUUGGUUCUGGAGUCCCGAACCUAUUGUUCCUGGAAGAUUGGUUCCACAUACUGGAUUUAGCACACAUUCCAUAAGUGCAUCAUCUGAGCUAUCACUUUCAAUUUAUAAGACACAUAGAUCCACUCUUCCACCAAUUCUCAAUGCUUUGGAGAUUUAUGAGAUAAAACAAUUGUUUCAAUCAUCAACUGUCCAGAGCAAUGUUGAUGCUAUCAAGAAAAUCAAGAUGGUGUACAAGGUGAAGAAAAACUGGCAAGGAGAUCCAUGUCUUCCCAUUGAGUUCUCAUGGGAUGGCCUGAGCUGCAGUGACAGCAAUUCCAUUUCCCUUAGUAUCAUCUCUUUGAACCUUUCAUGGAGCAAGUUAACCGGGGAGAUAGAUUCUUCAUUCUCCAGUCUCACAUCAUUAAAAUAUUUAGAUUUAUCUUACAACAGUUUGACUGGAAAAGUGCCAAACUUUCUGUCCAAACUUUCUUCCUUGAAGGCCCUGAACUUGUCAGGGAAUAAUCUGACAGGUUCAGUUCCAUUGUCUCUCCUUGAAAAAUCUAGAAAUGGAUCCCUGUCUUUGAGAUUGGAUGGGAAUCCACAUCUUUGUAAGAAAAACUCUUGUGAGGAUGAGGAAGAGGAGGGCAAGGAGAAGACGAAGAAUAAUGUUAUUGUUCCAGUAGUUGCAUCCAUUAUUUCAAUUCUAGUCCUCUUAUUAGGUGAGGUAGCAGCCCUGUGGAUAUUUAAAAGGAGACAACAAUACGAUGGUAUGAAAUUGGACUCUAUGAACUGCCACGUUAGUUACUCUGAGGUUGAUAGAAUCACUGAUAACUUCAAAAAAAUGCUUGGCCGAGGAGCAUCAGGAAAAGUUUACCUUGGCCAUUUAAGUGAUGGCACCGAAGUUGCAGUCAAGAUGCUGACACCUUCAUCAGUUCUAGUGUUUAAGCAAUUCAAGACUGAGGCUCAGCUGUUGACAAGAAUUCAUCACAAAAACUUAGUUUCUCUAAUUGGAUACUGUGAUGAAGGUUCAAGAAUGGUGCUCGUUUAUGAGCAUAUGGCUGAGGGGAACUUAAAAGAGUAUUUAUCAGGUAAAAAAGAAAUUGUCUUGAGUUGGGAACAAAGGCUUCAAAUAGCAAUUGAUGCAGCACAAGCACUGGAAUAUUUACAUGAUGCUUGCAAUCCACCCAUAAUCCAUAGAGAUGUAAAACCUGAAAACAUCUUAUUGACCAAAAAAUUUCAAGCCAAAGUUGCAGAUUUUGGGUGGUCUAGAAGUUUGCCCUCUGAAGGUGGAAGCUAUGUAUCAACUGCAAUUGUUGGCACACCGGGGUACAUUGACCCCGAGUACAACAGAACCUCAUUACCAAGUAAGAAAACCGAUGUUUAUAGCUUUGGGAUUGUUUUAUUGGAGGUUAUUUCGGGUCAACCUGUAAUCAUAAAGAUCACAAAAGAGAGCUCAUGUAACAUAGCAGAUUGGGUUCGCCUAGUAACUGCAAAAGGUGAUAUAAAAAUGAUUGUAGAUCCAAGGUUACAAGGAGAAUUUGAAGCCAAUUCUGCCUGGAGAGCUGUAGAGACAGCAAUGUCUUGUGUGCUACUCAGCUCCACAGAUAGGCCAACCAUGAGUCAUGUAGUAGUGGAAUUAAAAGAAUGUCUGAAAAUAGCCAUGGUCCAUGAAAGAACUGACAAUGCGGAAGAGGACCAGGGUCCUGUUAGUAUUGAAGCUGUCCAUGAAAGAACUGACAAUGUGGAAGAGGAUUGUGAUCCUUUUGGUAGUGAAGCUGCCUAUGAAAGAACUGAUGAUGCAGCAGAGGACCAUGGCCCUCUUGGUGUUGAAGCUGCCCAUGAAGUAACCAACAAUGCCAAAGAGGACCAGGGUCCUGUUGGUAUUGAAGCUCCACAUGAAAGAAAUGACAGUGGGAGAGAGGGCCAUGGUUCUGUUGGUAUUGGAGCUGCCCAUAAAAGAAAUGACAAUGGGGAAGAGGACCAGUGUCCUGUUGGUAUUGAAGCUGCCCAUGAAAGACAUGACGAUGGGAAAGAGGACCAUGGUCCUGAUGGUAUUGAAGCUGCCCAUGAAAUUACUGACAAUGCAGAAGAGGACCAAGGUCUUGUUGGUAUUGAAGCCACCCAAGAAAGAACUGACAUUGUGGAAGAGAACCAUGGUCCUGUUGGUAUCGAAGCUGCCCAUGAAAGAAAUGACAAUGAUGAAGAGGACCAUGGUCCUGUUGGUAUUGAAGCUACCCAUGAAAGAACUGAUAAUGUGGAAGAGAACCAUGGUCCUCUUGGUAGCGAAGCUGCAAUGGCUAUCCAAGAAAGGACAAACUCAUAUGGGGCGGCCAAGGAAAAGAAGAAGGAGAAGAAGAAGAAUGUUGUAGUUUCACCAGUUGCAUCAAUUACUUCAGUUGUUGUCCCAUCAGACAUUGUUGUCAAACCCAAUGAGGAUGAUAAAACAUUUGAGCCAAAGAACCAACACCUUACUUAUUCUGAGAUUGAAAGAAUCACUGAAAAUUUCCAAAAGGAGCUUGGAAAAGGAGCAUCAGCAAUAGUUUAUCAUGGUCAUUUAAGUAAUGGCACUGAAGUUGCGGUCAAGAAACUGUCACCUUCAUCAAUUCUAGGGUCAAAGCAAUUCAAAACUGAGGCUCAGCUUUUGACAAGAGUUCAUCAUAAAAACUUGGUUUCUCUAUUUGGAUACUGUGAUGAAGGUUCAAACAUGGUGCUCAUUUAUGAGUACAUGGCAAAGGGGAAUUUAAAAGCAUAUUUAUCAGGUAAAACAGAAGCUGCCCUGAGUUGGGAACAAAGACUUCGAAUAGCAAUUGAUGCAGCACAAGCAUUGGAAUAUUUACACAAUGGUUGCAACCCACCCAUAAUCCAUAGAGACGUCAAAACUGAAAACAUUCUAUUAAACGAAAAAUUGCAAGCCAAAGUGGCAGAUUUUGGGUGGUCUAAAAGUAUGCCUGUGGAAGGUGGAAGCUAUGUAUCAACUGCAAUUGUUGGCACACCUGGCUACCUUGACCCUGAAUAUCACAGAAACUCAGUGCCGAAUGAGAAAACCGAUGUUUAUAGCUUUGGGAUUGUUUUGUUGGAGCUUAUUUCAAGUAGACCUGCAAUCAUAAAGAUCACAGAAGACAAUCGAUGCAACAUAACAUAUUGGGUCCGCCCCAUUAUUGCAAAAGGGGAUAUAAGAAUGAUUGUAGAUCCAAGGUUACAAGGAAAAUUUGAGACUAAUUCUGCCAGGAGAGCAAUAGAGACAGCAAUGUCAUGUGUGUCACUCAGCUCCACUGACAGGCCUACCAUGAGUGACAUAAUAGUAGAAUUAAGAGAAUGCCUAAAGAUAGUGAUGACCCAUGAAAGAACGAAAGAGGGCCAUGCUUCUGUUGGUAUUGAAGCUGCAAUGACUGUUCAAGAAAGUUUCAAUGGAAAUCAGGAUUUCCUUACGACAGGCUCGAAUGCGAAGGCUGCGGAGAAAGAGAAGGAGAAGGACGAGAAGAAGAAGAAAAAGAAGAAAAAGAAUUUUAUUGGUCCAGCAGUCACAUCAAUUACUUCAGUUUUAGUCCCCUCUGGUGCAUUAGCCAGCUUGGGAAAAUCUAAAAAGAAAUGGCCACAUGCUAAAGAUAAGAGUUACUCCGAGGUUGCAAGAAUCACGAACAACUUCCAGCAGGUGAUUGGAUGUGGAGCAUUUGCAUCAGUUUACCUAGGUUAUUUAAGCGAUGGUACUGAGGUAGCUGUCAAGUUGCUUUCAUCUUCAACUAGAGGAUCCCAGGACCUUCAGACAGAGGCUCAGCUGCUGACAAGAAUUCGACAUAAAAACUUGGUUUCUCUGCAUGGAUACCAUGAUGAAGGUUCAAUCAUUGCGCUCAUUUAUGAAUAUAUGGUGAAGGGGAGCUUAAGAAAGUAUCUAUCAGAUGAAAAUGAAGUUGUUUUGAGCUGGAAGCAAAGAAUUGGAAUAGCACUUGAUGUAGCACAAGGACUGGAAUAUCUACAUGAUGGUUGCAGGCCACCCAUAAUCCACAGAGACGUUACAUCUGCAAACAUCUUAUUGAAUGAAAAAUUGCAAGCCAAAGUGGCAGAUAUGGGGUUGUCUAGAAGUCUACCCAUUGAUGAUUUGACUGAUAUUUCCACUGUGGUUGUUGGCACACCCGGGUACCUUGACCCUGAGUAUUUUCAAUCCAAUAGGGUGUCUAUGAAAAGCGAUGUCUAUAGCUUUGGGGUUGUUCUGCUGGAACUUGUUUCAGGCCAACCUGCACUGAUAAAGAGCACCAACGGUAUAACUGAUCACCUAAUCAAUUGGGUUCGACCCCUGAUUGAUAGGAGGGAAAUAAGAGGAAUUGUGGAUCCAAGGUUAAAUGGAGACUUUGACAUUAGUUCUGCCUGGAAGGCUGUAGAAACAGCAAUGGCUUGUGUAAGAUUCAGCUCCGUUGAUAGGCCAACCAUGAGUGACAUAGCAUACGAAUUAAAAGGGUGUGUAAAUUGUUUAGCAAUAGCAACUGGGGAUGUGGAAGAGGACCUUGGUUCUUUUAUUAUUGAGGAUGCAAUGCUUCACCAACCAAGCUAGAAAUAUUUGCAAAAUGUGGUGCACAUCUAUUUGUAUUUUCUUGCCAAUUCAACAAAAUAAAUUGAACCUGUCAUGUAACAGUUUAGAGCAAGGUACGCACAGGUAGUUUCUUGUAAAGAGUCGUGCUUAAAUUAAAUGACUUGCUCUUCUCUUGAUACA